AAAGCUCUUCUCUUCUCUGCUGGGCUGUGGACAAAGACUUCUGGGUCUCCCCAGGGUCUAAUCUGUUGCUAGGAAGAGGCCAACUCGGACCCCCCUGUGUGUGCUUCUAGAAGUCAAGGACAUUCAGGCAGAAAGGCAUGGCCUGGAAGCACACAGCACUCCUGCUUUUGGUUUGCACGGUUACCACACGCAGUGCCCGGGACAGAGCAGACCUGCUUAAUGUUUGCAUGGAUGCCAAGCACCACAAGACAAAGCCAGGUCCUGAGGACAAGCUGCACGACCAGUGUAGUCCAUGGAAGAGAAGUGCCUGCUGCUCAGUCAACACCAGCCAGGAGCUACACAAGGACAACUCCCGUCUGUACAAUUUCAACUGGGAUCACUGCGGUAAGAUGACACCUGCCUGUAAGCGUCACUUCAUCCAGGACACCUGCCUCUACGAGUGCUCCCCUAACUUGGGGCCCUGGAUCCAGCAGGUGGACCAGAGCUGGCGCAGAGAGCGCGUCCUCGACGUCCCCCUGUGCAGGGAGGACUGUCAGCAGUGGUGGGAGGACUGCCGCUCCUCCUUCAGCUGCAAGAGCAACUGGCAUGAGGGCUGGGACUGGGCCUCGGGGCAGAACCAGUGCCCCGCGGGCGCCUCCUGCCGUCCCUUCAGCUUCUACUUCCCCACCCCUGCCGCUCUGUGUGAGGAGAUCUGGAGUCACUCCUACAGGCUCAGCAACUACAGCCGAGGGAGCGGCCGCUGCAUCCAGAUGUGGUUCGACCCCGCCCAGGGCAACCCCAACGAGGAGGUGGCGAGGUUCUACGCUUCCUUGAUGACGGCUGGGGCUGCGGACCAUACAGUGGUGUUUCUUGCGCUCAGCCUGACCCCAAUGCUGUCAUUAUGGCUCCUUGGCUGAGGCAGUCUUCUCUCUAGACUUCUCCUUGGUUUGCCUGAGGCUGGUUCUCAGUUCACCUCCUCAAAGAAUGAGGCGGUCUAGGCCAGCUUCUCCCCGACUCCUCCGCCAUCCAGUCCUGCUCCAUGGUGGGGCGUAGGGUUCCUACAGCAUUCGUUUUGAAUAAAUUUGUGAUACAUCUGGAUCUAA